ACACCAGCGUACUGGAUCUUUUAUUUUGAAAGCGCCGGACCGGAGGUGCAGUCAGUGUUUCUCUGCAGGUUUGACAGCGUGAGCUCGUGUCUCGUUGUGGAGGGAGGAUGUGCGACGGGACUCUGGACUACUUGUUAAGUCGGAGGCAGAUAAGGCGGAGGGACGGUGCUGAGGUGAGAUGGUGUCACGCAGUCAACAGCAGGAGCAGGCUGCACGAGGCGGUGACAGGUCCCACUCAUAUGAUUGAGGCAGACAUAAUCAUGAGAGGUCAUGACCCCAAAGAGCCAAUCAUGGCACACCCCCCUGACACAGACAGCGACAUCACACUGAAGGAGUGGCUGGAAGGAGUGAAAGAGCACAACAUGGGAAUAAAACUCGACUUUAAGAGCCUGGAGGCAGUGUCUCCAUCUGUGGCUCUGCUGGAGGAAAUGCUGCCUGACCUGAACCGUCCUGUGUGGAUCAACGCAGAUAUUGUCUCUGGUCCUGGUGGACAGGCCACACCUCUGGACCCUCACGCUUUUCUUUCUGCCGUGACAACUCUCCCCACUCACGCUGUGCUCUCCCUUGGCUGGACGACAGGAUGGACUGCUGGUACAGACAACCCAGGUUACAGCUGGGAUAUGGUGCAUGUGAUGGAGGAGAUAUGUAGAACCCUGAAACAUCCAGUCACCUUCCCAGUACGUGCAGCUCUCCUGGCCCAGUCGUUCUCCCAGCUCACAUGGCUGCUGCAGCAGUCAGACAGGUACAGUCUAACUGUGUGGACCAGCCAGAGUGACACAUUUACCCCACAGGACUUACUGCCCUACAGAAAACAGGUUGACAUCAGUAGGAUCUACUAUGACCUGCCUGACUGUCAAAGGACAGAGCUCAGUCUGACAGGAGGAGAAAAUCCCUUUGAAUAACUACACUGCAAACCAAGUAGUUUUCUGAACUCUGACUGACGACUGAUGCCCCCAGGUGGAGAGAGAGGACUGUGAAACUUAGCUCUGUCUAACCAGGGGGGGCAGAAGAGGGGCCAUCUUUGAGUGAAUGAUAAAUGGUUUGUAUACAUAUAGAGCUUUUCUAGUCUUGGUGACCACUCAAAGUGAUUUACAGCACAGGUUGCCAUUCACUCUUGCACACAGACAGUAGAGGGGGCAAUUCAGGGUUCAGCAUCUUGCCCAAGGACACAUCGGCAUGCUGAUGGGGAAGACUGGGGAUCGAACUGCUGAACGCUCUACCCCGCAGCCACAGCCGCCCAGCAGGGUAGUGUAGAGUAGUGUGUUUACAAACAGCCACUGACAAAUCCUGCAAACUGUACUUACGAGUUACAUUCUAGUGUCCAUAUCAUCAGACUCACUCAGAGGAUCUUAACAUGAGGAAGUAAAGUGAAGUAUAUUUGUGAAGUUUAUUUAUGAAGUCUCUGUUUCAAAGUCUGUUUCCCCCCUGACCACACACAGCAUUGUUGAUUGUAGUGAUGACUGUGGUCAGACUUGUGCUCGGUUGACAGGGUCAUGGGGUACACCUGUACAUCAUUGUAGUCAGGUGACAAGUUUAACCACUGGAGUCGUCAGGGGCUAUUUAGGAUCCAGUUUCUUGCCUAAGGACAUAUCAGCAUGUGGAAUGGAGAAGGCAUAGAUCGAACCGCUGAUCUUCUGGUUAGUGGACAACCCGCUCUACUUCCUGAGCCAGAGCUAAUUUAUUGCUUUGAUACUUGGUAGUUCAAUGUACUAUAUGAAAAUGCAUCUAUUUAACAUUGAUAUCAAGUUGAUUUUCAGAUGUAAACUCUUUAUAUGCAAACUGAAGCUGUAAAAUAGAAGUGAUUGAUUAAAAAUGUUUCUCAGUUAGAAAUUGCAGUAGAAGUAUAAAGUAGUGUACAGUGUUAAAGUUCUCAAGUAAAAGCACAGUUACAUUCCACCGCUAUUUUAUUAUGACUAUUUAUUUAAUAAAUAAAUUGGGCAGCUGUGGCUCAGGGGGGAGAGUGGUCGUCCUCUUAACAGAAUUUGGUAUUUUGAUCCCAGUCUUCCUCACUCCGCAUGCUGAAGUGUCCCAAGAUACUGAACCCCAAAAUGUUCCCUUCUCAUAGAGAAAGUACUGCACAAAGAUGCAGACUAUGAAUGUGUGUGUGUGAAUGUCUGAAAGGCAAAAAACUAAUUUAAAAGAAUUGUGAGUGGUCAUGAAGGCUAUAAAGGCUGUAAAUAAAUAUACAGACCAUUUUUCCAGUUCAAACUAUGGCUAAGUGAUCAAGUACAACGGACAAUAUGAAUAGGAAUAUUUUUUAAAUGUAGUGAUGUUAGAAAAGAUGCUGAUUUUUAUUUUAGACUUAACCUGAGCCCUAUAAACAAUGAAGUAAGUAAAUAAGUCCACAAAAUAUUUUUAUUGUGUCACAUCUGGUGAAUUCAGACUUUAGGAAUGCACACAGAAUUUGAGUAGCUCAGAUAAGCCACUCACUAACACAGUAAAGUGAGCAAUGUCAAUGGUAUUUGUGUCAGAGAGCUGGAGGUAAAUAUUAGUUUGAAUGAUCAGUGGUGAGCAGAGAUUCGACAGAUGAUCUGGUAUCAAACUGUGAGGUUGAAGAUAUCAGCAGAUGUUAACAGCAUUGUGUUUACAGUGUAUGGAUGUGAGAUCGAUCCUGGUUGUUAGGUCUCAUUAUCACUGGCUGCACAGUUCUGCACUGAGAGCUCCCUGCUGAUCACUGCUUUUAUUCUCUGCAAAUAAAACGCUGAGGAAAAAUUCCAAA